AGAUUUCUGGUGGACCGCCCUCUAAUCCUGCCACACCCCUCAACAACAAUCUGGAUUUACUAGCAGACUUCGGAGAUAUGAAACUUGGCUCUGCUCCCUCCAACCCUGCAACCCUGGCCCAAGAUGAUCCUUGGGGGGAUUUUGCUAGCGCAGAUACAGACGCCAAGCAGAGCGGGGAAUGGGUCCAAUUCUAGACAAGGGAGGGAAAGCAGUUCUAGUUCAACACGAGGGAGGGAUACCCGUUCUAAUUCACUACGAGGGAGGGAUACCCGUUCUAAUUCAACACGAGGGAGGGAUACCCGAUCUAAUUCAAUAUGAGGGAGGGAUACCAGUUCUAAUUCAACACGAGGAGGGGCAACAGUUCCGACUAAACCAGUCGAAACGAGGGAGGGAUGCCAGUUCUAAUUCUAAAACAUCUUCGAGUAUAUCGAAGUGAGAACUGAACCUCUAAUUAAUAUCUUUUUUACAAGGGAUAGGGUCCAAACCAUCUUCAUUUUAAUGUCAUAUUUUCUAAUAUUUUAGUUGAUUGUGGUGGUUAUUUAAAUUUUUAAAACGUUAAACUUAAAUCUUAAAUUAAUUUUCAUAUAUUUUCUAAGCUAAGGAUUCAUCACUUAAAAGAAGUAUACAUACUGAUUAAAGUAUUUAUUAAAUUUUAGCUUUUUUUGGAACGACAAAUGUCCUUUCCGUCCCAGAGCAUUUAAAAAUAACAUCACCGAAAGUUUUUUGAGUUGGAGUGGGUUAAAGCAUAAUUAGAGAGUUAAAACUUUCAUGCAUAAUUAUUUAUGUAAUCUAGUAAGGGAUUGUGAACAAACCUUGUGAGUGACCUUUCAAUGAGAGAGUGCCAUCAUUGAUUCAUAAUCGAACCUGUUAAACCUUCAUUUUAAACAUUACAUCUUGUACAGAGUUUAAGUUUGAAAGAGGUUUAUAAAAAGGAUAAGAUUACACCCCUGUAUUUUGCCUAGAAAAGGGUAAGCUGUUUCAGGCCAAUGACGGUAACAUGAAAGUAUGUAAAAAGUUUUUUUUCGGUGUGAGGCCACUUAUUUAUAAUAAGUUGCGUUUAUACGCAAUCAUAUCUUGCUUAUUUUAGUUUUCAUAAAGUUUUUAUCAGUUUAGUGCUUUCUAUAUUGUACACUGUCCAGUGUACUUUUUUAUAUUGUACAAUUAUGUACAUUUUACAGUGCACUGUAAAAUGGCAGAAAGCACUUGGCCUAAUUUUCAACUUAACAUUCCGCCAACGCCAAAAUUAUUUUUUUAACCGGAUGACUUUUGAAAACAUUUAUAAUAUAUAUAAAAAUAUAUAAAUAUAUUUUAAAAAUACAGUAUAAAUAAAGAUGUAUAACUAUGAAAGAAGGACUUCAGCUUGAAAAGAAAAAUUGAAGAUUUUAAAACUAUCCCAGUUCUGAAAAUAUAACAAUUUGAUUUAGUAUGUAACAUAUAUGUAUCCUGUGAUUUCAUAUGUUAGUUCAGGAUGGAGUUCUUCUUUCACCCCCCCCCCCUCCCCCUCCCCUCCCAUUCUCUGAAAACUUCUUGUACCUCACAUCCCCUGAAAACUGUUUUUUAUGUACAAUACUGUUUAAACUUGAAAUUUUCUGAAAUAAACUGAUUCUGAACUCAAUGCUUCGUCCCCAGUGUGUUUAUAAUAUUUUCAGAUAAAAUGAGCGAAAAACUUAAGACCGACUAUUUAGUGGUUGGAGGAGGUAUAGCUGGAGUCUCCUGUACUGAAAUGUUGUACACACUGAACCCUGACGCAAACAUUACAUUAGUGACUGCAACUGCAAUAGUGAAGAGUGUGAGUAACGUUAAUCAAAUCACAAAAUUAAUCACUGAGUUUCAGAUUGAGGAAACGUCUGGAGAGGAAUGGAGAAGGAAACAUACUGGCAUUUCAGUUGUCUACGGAAAAGUGAUAAAAAUAGUGCCCCAGACAAAAACUGUAAUAUUAGAGAGUGGAGUAGAAAUUGAAUACAGGAAGGUAUGUUUGUGUGCUGGGGGAAGUCCUAAACUUAUCUCAGAACAUCCUAAUGUUCUUGGUAUACGGGAUACAGCAUCAGUACUUCUUCUGCAGGAAAAGUUAGCUUCAGCCAAAAGACUAAUAGUGGUUGGAAAUGGUGGAAUUGCAACAGAAUUAGUAUACGAGCUGGAAGAUAUUGAUAUUGUCUGGGCGAUUAAAGAUGAUGCGAUAUCAAGCGUAUUCCUAGACCCUGGAGCUUCGCAGUUCCUUCUCAAAGAGGUUGAGAAGGAGCAUGAAGACGAGGGUGCCAGUAAAAGACUGAAAUAUACCAUUGAUUCGUCUCACUCAAUUACUCAGAAUACACUAGGCUCAGCUCUUGGCCCUGAUUGGCAUAAAGGAUUUAGCAAGAAGGGUCAACAUACAAAAAAGAAGAUUGAUAUUAAAUACAACGUCAAGGUUGUUAAGAUUUACUCAAGGGAGGAUUAUUUGUCUCUUAAAUCUGGUUCAACAGAAUCAGAAGAUAUUUUAGAAGAAAGUGGUGUGUAUGUUGAAUUUUCAGAUGGCAGUAUUGUAGGAGCUGAUUUUGUAAUUUCCGCCACAGGAGUUGUACCAAGCGGAAGCAUUUACAGGGAUAUUUUGGAUUUACACUCUGAUGGUGGAAUCAUAGUAGACGACAAUAUGCAAUCUUCAUGCAAAGAUGUUUACGCUGCUGGAGAUGUUUGUCAUGCAGGUUGGGAAUGGUCUAAACAUUGGCUUCAAAUGAGACUGUGGACCCAGGCGAGGCAGAUGGGAAUGUACGCAGCGAAGUGUAUGUACUAUCACACAAUUGAGGAGCCUAUAGAUCUGGAUUUUUGUUUUGAGAUGCUCGCACAUGUUACUUCAUUCUUUGGCAAAAAGGUGAUACUGUUAGGUCUGUUCAAAGGACAGAAUUUGGAGAAUAAAUAUGAUCUUCUUGUUAGAGUCACACCUGGCAAAGAGUACGUGAAGGUUGUGAUGAAAGAUGGAAGGAUGCAGGGUGCAGUACUAAUAGGAGAUACUGGUUUAGAGGAAACAUUUGAGAAUCUCAUCCUCAAUCAAAUGGAUUUAUCAGUUUAUGGCGAGGAUCUGCUAAGCCCUGAUGUGGAUAUAGAGGACUAUUUUGAUUAAACUGUAUUAUUAUAUUUAAAGAAAUGUGAUAAACUAAUAUUUGUUAGCUCCCCACACCUCCCCUUCCAAAGAUUUUACAAUAAAGUUGACUACAUUUAAA